CGUCCUUCCAUGCUAGACACCAUCAUCAUUCCACAAAUUUGCUCACACUCAGCAAAGAACAAAUAACAAAUAACAACACCAACGGCAUCCGAAACUGCAACGCAAUGAGCAAAACUCCAACAAAAAAUCCCCAAAGAUCCUUCAACAUCGUUGGCCACAAAGCCCGGAAGCAUCAACAUCAAUAUCAAUACAAGCCCGCCACACCUGGUUCCUCGGUAGCAAGACGCAGACCCAACCUUGGUGGUCCCCUAUCCGCUGCGGAUGAUGCCACACGAACGAGCAGUUCCAUCGAAGAAGCACGGGUCCGGGCCGAGUGGUCCUACAACCGGAAGCGGCGCUCGUCGGUUUCGUCGUGGUCGUCCUCCCACGGCUGCGCACCGGAGGAAUCCUCUCCGCCGCCGCCGCCACCGUUGUUUCUCGCAAAUGUUCCCGGGUUCUUUGCGGAGGAAAUCCGUCUGGGAAGGACCCUGGGGAUGGGUGCCUCCGGGACGGUGUCCGAGGUGAAGAAAAUCUCGCUCCUCCGGCCGCACGACGAGCGCGAGACAAAGCAACAGCAACAGCAACAGCAACAGCAACGUCUUGCGCUCCACCCCGCGCAACGCGCCGCUACGGCCUCUCGUUGCAACGCCAAGAAAGCACCCUACGCGGUCAAGCGGCUCCGCGCCAAUCUUUUCCAAACCAGCCAGACCGUCUUUGUGCAGAGCCUGGUGGACCUCGCCACCGAGACGCGGAUCCUGGCCUCCCUCCCGGCCCACCCCCACGUGGUCCGGUUGCACGGCGUGGCCGCAAGCGCCUCUCCCUUUCGGGAGGGCUUUUUCUUGCUGCUCGACAAGCUGGAGGGCGGAACGCUGGCCCGUCGCCUGGCCCGGUGGAGGAGGCAGCGGGCCUGCCAGGGUAGGCACGCCCCCGGCCCGGCGCUCUGGCCGGCCCUCGGGGGGGCUCCCUUCGCCGCCGGAACCAAGCGAUGGAACGCACGGUGGUCUGCCACCAGCUGGCCAGCGCCCUGGCCCACCUGCACCGCCACCGGAUCCUCCACCGGGACGUCAAGCCCCAGAACAUUGGCUUUCGUGGCGCGGGGGGCGGCACCCCACACGCCGUCCUCUUUGAUUUCGGCCUCUCCCGGGAGCUGCCAUCGUCCCCUUCCUCGGUCGCGGUCCGGGCGUCUUCUUCUUCUUCUCGGGAGGAGGAGGAGCAGCAGCAGCAGCAGCGAGCGCAAGAACCGCUCUACCACAUGACCGGGUUCUGUGGAUCCCCCCGGUACAUGGCCCCCGAGGUCGGCUUGAGACACCCGUACAACGCCAAGUGCGACGUCUAUUCCUUUGGCGUUCUGGCCUGGGAAAUCCUGACCCUGGAAGUACCGUACGGGGACUGCAACCUCCGGGACAUGACCUCCACGAUCUGGCCGGGAUCCAUCGGACCCGCCGAAUGGAACCGGGGCGACCGCCGCCAGCCGGGAACGGGUUCGUUCCGCGGUCGGAACCCGCGGUGGCGGUCCAAACCACCGUGCCGCGAAACCCCGCUCCCCGCGGUUCUCGGGGACACGUGGAACCGCGAGGUUUCCAUGCGGCCCACCAUGGAGGAGGUCGGCCGCUGCUUUCGAGCCGAGUGCGAGCGCUUCGAAACACGGUUCCCCAGCGAAGCAAACAGCCCGACCGAAGCCAGGGCGGCACUCCGCAGGUGGUUCCGAGACCCAACCCUGCAAAAGCUGCUGCGAAAGCAGCAGCCAGAGUCGACGGUCGUGAAACCGAUGGCGGCUCUUGGAACGCCACCGCCCCAGCCGCAUCCAGAACGCCGCCGCUCGUCGUCGUGGAUGCCCCGCCGUUCUUCCGCCUUUUCGCUGGAACCUAUGGUGCUCCGAUCCGUGACCAUGAUCCGGCGCGGCAGCGGCGCCGAUCGCUGGCAGUCGUCGUCGGUGGCGACACUCGACAGCACCAGCAGCAGGAGCGAAGAGCAACAAGAAGCCCAAGGACCUCUGCGGGUUUGAGGGCCGGUGUUUCCAUCGGGAAUACGAUGAAAGGAUGAAACAGUAAAACCACUAAAUUUAU